UGGAAGUUGAAUGUUUGUUCCACGAAAAUCUAAUAUUGUCUGUCCGUAAUGAUCGGCCAUCUGUGUAACGACAACAACAGGUCUGUACCACUAAUGAUGCAAGAACAGCUGCUUUCAUUACUUCUAUUUAUAUAUAGAUAGGCUAUAUUAAUAAGUGUGUGGAUAAUGGUGAAUAAGAUGAACAAUUUGUCUCUGCUGUAAACACUGUGAGUUACAUCUGAGCAACCAAACUAUAUAAUCCAGCUCUGACUGAGGCUGCAGUCAGAUCUGGAGAUUCAUAUUUAGAUAUGGAGUUGAUCUCUGAUUGUAUAACCUUCAGAUCACAGAGAUGAGAUGUGACUGUAAGAACAUGUGUACAAAAUGGACGUGGAGGAUUCCAUGGUUGCUAUGGUUUUCUCCAGGUGCAUCAUUUAUAUACGAUCAUUAUUUCAAAAAUAUACAAAAUCUGAAAACGGUCAAGAAAAGUUUUUUCUCAACUUUCACUCGACGGUUUCUUCAAAAUUAUCGCUUCUACUGAGGACUUUUUACAUCCGGACAAGAAGUAAAGACUCACAGAGACAAACGAAAGAGACGCAACAAACUUCCAUCAUGGAAAAUUGUGAUGUGCCCGUCCAUCUGCGGUACAAGCAGACAGGAAGGAGAAUCUCUGCACGCCAGGCAGAGGGUGAAAGGAGACCUGCAGCCUGCAGACAGUGUCCCUGCUGCAGGGACGACCAGGUGCCCGUUUUAAAGCGAAAGCGCCAGCGCUCUCCUGCUUCUGCAGACCUUCCCCAGGGAAGGAAGCGGACCUCCGUGUCUCGUCUUUCCAAACCUGCCUUCCAGACCCCCACUGCUUCUCUGCACCUUGACAAACCUGUAAAGAUACAGAACCGCUCUGUGGAGGAGUACCAGCAGCUCUACCAUGAAGCUGUGGAUCACAUGCUGAGGUUCAAGAGUGGUCGUCUGCGUCCGUACAGUUUAGCUCUGGGACGGCGAAUCAAGCAGAAGCUGUGGGAGAGACUGGACCGUCCCACGUCCACACAAUCAGUAAAUGAAGACGGACUGGUGCUGGUGGACGUUUCCUACGGGGUUGCUGUCUUUCCUCCGCUUUAUGAUGUCGAUGUUUCAGGAGAGCCAACCCCGCCUGUCAGCAACCUGUAGGCAUAGCCUCCACCUGCAGAUUCCUGCAAACAGUUUCAGCCAAACCUCCACCUACAGCCUCUGUCAGCAACCUGCAGCCACUGCCUCCACCUGCAGAUUCUGGCAGACAGCUGAGACAAAACCUUCACCUACAGCCUCUGUCAGCAACCUGCAACCACUGCCUCCACCUGCAGGUUCUGGCAGACAGUGUCCAUUCCGAAACCUCCACCUACAGCCUCUCCUGGCAACCUGCACCGCCAGCUUCUAUCCUCUUGCCAUGUGGAGACCUCAGUGACACAGCAAGGAUCGGAGAUACA